AUGGCCUGCUCAGCCCCGCGGGCGGAGGGAAGCCCGGCGAACCCGCCUGUGAGAAUCACCCGGCUGCUCCCUGGAGGAUCCGGGCCGUGCGCGCGCAGUGUGUUCCGAUGUCUGCCCGAGUUUUCGGGAUCCUUAACGUUUCAUUUCGCGAAGCCCGCUGAGCCUUUUGUGGCAGAUGAGUAUAUUGAACGUCUUGUAUGGAGAACCCCAGGAGGAGGUUCUAGAGGUGGGCCUGAAGCUUUUGACCCUAAAAGAUUAUUAGAAGAAUUUGUAAAUCAUAUUCAAGAACUCCAGUUAAUGGAUGAAAGAAUUCAAAGGAAAGUAGAGAAAUUAGAGCAGCAAUGUCAGAAGGAAGCCAAGGAAUUUGCCAAGAAGGUACAAGAGCUUCAGAAAAGCAAUCAGGUUGCCUUCCAGCAUUUCCAAGAACUAGAUGAGCACAUUAGCUAUGUAGCAACCAAGGUCUGUCACCUUGGAGACCAGUUGGAAGGGGUAAACACACCUAGACAGCGGGCUGUGGAGGCUCAGAAAUUGAUGAAAUACUUUAAUGAGUUUCUAGAUGGAGAAUUAAAAUCUGAUGUUUUUACAAAUUCUGAAAAGAUAAAGGAGGCAGCAGACAUCAUUCAGAAGUUGCACCUAAUUGCCCAGGAGUUACCUUUUGAUAGAUUUUCAGAAGUAAAAUCCAAGAUUGCAAGUAAAUACCAUGAUUUAGAAUGCCAGCUGAUUCAGGAGUUUACUAAUGCUCAAAAAAGAGGUGAAAUAUCCAGAAUGAGAGAAGUAGCAGCAGUACUACUUCAUUUUAAGGGUUAUUCUCAUUGUGUUGAUGUUUAUAUAAAGCAGUGCCAGGAGGGUGCUUACUUGAGAAAUGAUAUAUUUGAAGAUGCAGCAAUGCUCUGUCAGCGUGUGAACAAGCAAGUUGGAGAUAUCUUUAGUAAUCCAGAAACAGUACUGGCUAAACUUAUUCAAAAUGUAUUUGAAAUCAAACUACAGAGUUUUGUGAAAGAUCAGUUGGAAGAAUAUAGGAAAUCAGAUGCAGAACAAUAUCUCAAAAAUCUCUAUGACCUAUAUACAAGAACCACCAAUCUUUCCAGCAAGUUGAUGGAGUUUAAUUUAGGUACUGAUAAACAGACUUUCUUGUCUAAGCUUAUCAAAUCCAUUUUCAUUUCCUAUUUGGAGAACUAUAUUGAGGUGGAGACUGGUUAUUUGAAAAGCAGAAGUGCUAUGAUCCUGCAACGCUAUUAUGAUUCAAAAAAUCAUCAGAAAAGAUCCAUUGGCACAGGAGGUAUUCAAGAUUUGAAAGAGAGAAUUAGACAGCGUACCAACUUACCACUGGGGCCAAGUAUUGAUACUCAUGGGGAAACUUUCCUAUCCCAAGAAGUGGUGGUUAAUCUUUUACAAGAAACCAAACAAGCCUUUGAAAGGUGUCAUAGGCUCUCUGAUCCCUCUGAUUUACCAAGGAAUGCCUUUAGGAUUUUUACCAUUCUUGUGGAAUUUUUAUGUAUUGAACAUAUUGAUUAUGCUUUGGAAACAGGACUUGCUGGAAUUCCUUCCUCAGAUUCUAGGAAUGCAAAUCUCUAUUUUUUGGAUGUUGUGCAACAGGCCAAUACCAUUUUUCAUCUUUUUGACAAGCAGUUUAAUGAUCACCUCAUGCCACUAAUAAGCUCUUCUCCUAAGUUAUCUGAAUGCCUUCAGAAGAAAAAAGAAAUAAUUGAACAAAUGGAGAUGAAAUUGGAUACUGGCAUUGAUAGGACAUUAAAUUGUAUGAUUGGACAAAUGAAGCAUAUCCUGGCUGCAGAGCAAAAGAAAACAGAUUUUAAGCCAGAAGAUGAAAACAAUGUUUUAAUUCAGUGCACUAAUGCCUGUGUAAAAGUCUGCGCUUAUGUAAGAAAGCAAGUGGAGAAGAUAAAAAAUUCCAUGGAUGGGAAAAAUGUGGAUACAGUUUUGAUGGAACUUGGAGUACGUUUUCAUCGUCUUAUUUAUGAGCAUCUUCAACAAUAUUCCUACAGUUGUAUGGGUGGCAUGUUAGCUAUUUGUGAUGUAGCUGAAUAUAGGAAGUGUGCCAAAGACUUCAAGAUUCCAAUGGUAUUACAUCUUUUUGAUACUCUGCAUGCACUUUGCAACCUUCUUGUAGUUGCCCCAGAUAAUUUAAAGCAAGUCUGCUCAGGAGAACAACUUGCUAAUCUGGACAAGAAUAUACUUCACUCCUUCGUACAACUUCGUGCUGACUAUAGAUCUGCCCGCCUUGCUCGACACUUCAGCUGAGGUUAAAUUGACAAAGGAAAUGUGUUAUAUUUCAGCAGCAGGUCUCGGUUGAUAGAAAGCACAGGAGAUUCCUUAUGACACAGCCAAGAUUUUAUGGAAAAAUGACUGUUUGAAAGAAAACUGCAGCCAUACUUAACCCUUGAGGUUUUAUUUGAAAAUUGGACGCCACUAGCUGUAUUUACUUUUUCCUGCUAAGUUGAAUUUUAAUUCCAUUCUUGAAUUUAUACAUUUCAAAUUCUGUAAAACUACAUGUCACUGUUUUUCAUUCUGGAAAAUGUUGGUGAAAUUUUACCAGUGUUCUGGUUCUAGUUCUUUAACAUAUUCCGUCUGGAAAUUUUACCAUCCCAUUUGCAUUAAUAGGUAAAAUACAACAAAACUACAUUUAUUAUGCAUCAAUUUUUAAUGACCUUUUCAGUACAGGUAAAUGUUAAUCAGAUUAUUGCAGGUUUUUCUAAGGAAUAUGUUGACUCCUGUAGAGGUUAACAAGUAUAAUUUCUGUAGUUUUGUUGAUUAGAAUUUUUUCUGAAAUACAAUUCCAAGAAAAUGUUACAAACUAAAUUAAAAUGAUGAAAUAUUUUAUGCAGACAUCAGGAGUGAAUCAGAAUACAUCUGCUUUCUGGGUAAAACAUAAAGCUUGCCAUUUCUUAUUUGGUAAGGAGAUUAUAAGCCAAUUCUAGUAAUAAAUUAAUAAAACUACCUUAUUUUAUAUUUCACUUAAGGUAAGGUAGAAGACCUUAACUAAAGGACCGUAUUUAUUCAUUACUUUAAUAUUUUAAUAAGGGGAGUAAAGAAAUGAGGGACAGUCUAAGUAGUGCAUAUGAGGAGUCAAUGUUAAGGAACAAUGCAAUUCUUUAAGAUUUUUAUCUUUUUGCUAAACUUGAGUAAAACGUGAUGGCUAAACCUGCGCUAGUCUACUCUGAGGAACUGGGAAUUGACAGGUGACAUUAUAUAUGCGAAGUUUGGACAUAAGCUUCGCAAAGACUGGUUACUUUCAGAUCUGUAAUUUCUUUCAUUAUCCGUUUUUCAAGGCAUUUCUAAAGUUAUUCCUACUUGAUUAUGGCUAAUUGAAUUGGCUUAAUAUGGUGACAUAGUAAAUUACUUACAAAGUUUUAAACAUGAAAUUAAAAUUUAGAAAAGCCAUUACUUUAUAAAACUUAUAAAUAUGCUCCUUAAGAAUACAUUCUAAAUUAAAUAUAGUGUUUCCGCUUCAUUGUGUUGCUCAUACUGUUCUAGGAACCAGACGAACUUUUUAAUGUUCACUUUAUUCUCGACAACUUUUUUUUAAAUGCAGGCCUUUUGGCCUAAUUUGGGAAAACUUCUCUUUUUCUCAGAACCUGAUUCUAAAUGGUUAUCAGUUUUACCAAAACUUCCACGUCCAGCACUAACAACUGUUUAAAUCACCAUUAACUGAAUUUUUUCACUUUCUUUUUAGCCCAGUGUUAUCAAGGAAUGCUAGGGAAAUGAAGUAUGCCAACUUUUGUCAAAGCAUUUUAGGGCACUGUGGCAGCUUUAGAAGGCUUUCCAGGUUUGUAUUCUUAGCCAAGGGAAAGCCAGAAACAGGUUUUGGAUGCACGAAAAAGUCACGUGCUUGUACUAUUGCCAUGUUAGAAAGCUCUUAUGUGAAUUCAAAUUAUACCUCUGUUACUUAAAGCCAACAGUUUUAAAGCAGUAGUUUUACUGCCAUUUGAACUCUUUGUACAGUGUCAAUUUGUAAAAAAACAAAAAACAAAACAAAAAACUCAAAUAAAAUGUGAGAUGACACUUAAAACUUCCAAAUCAGAGAAGCGCUUCAAAUUAUUUUGUUUGGAUUAAUUUUUUAAAUGUAAAGCAUAUACUUGUUGCUUAAAUAUUUUGUUAAUUAUUUCUCCCGUGCUUGAGUUCUGUGCAGUAUUUUCUAUCAUGUCCAUUGACAGGACAGCAGCCAAACUCAUAAAUGAAUACAUAAUUUAGAGGGGUUAACAUUAAUGCUCAAUAAACAAGUUCCCUGCAGUUUUUUUUAAUUUUUUGUAUAUUUUAAGGACAUCCAUAGUGAAUUUUACA